AUGGCGCAACCUUUACAAUCUGGGGAUGGAUAUGACAAUCUGAUCAAAAAUAUCCAACAAUGGCAAUCACAGCAGCAGAACAUUCAGUCCACGGAAUAUGCUGACAAGACUCUUGAACAUACCGAGAUCUCCCACCUUUCUGCAGAUUUAUUGUCGCUUUUCAAAGAGGCUAUUCUUUCGCUACGGGAACAGGCCACCAUCCCAAAAGACGCCCAUAUCAGCCUUGAACGCAGCUGCAGCGCUUUGAUCCUAUGGUCAGAUGGCUACGGAAUCGCUCAGGGUCAUCUCAAUGAUAUUUUUCAGAGAUCGAGCAAACUUCGCCACACUCUCUUAAAGAAUCUUUCACGUCUCGGGCGUGUGCUCACCGAGCGAUUGAUACCCUUAGCAGAUAUCUCGUCAGAGAAGCUGCAACAAUUAUGUUCGAGUGUUGAGUCCAGCAUCGAAAAGGCUAGUAGUAUUAUCAAUGAAGAUUUAUGCCAGCAGAGUGACGAUUCUUCGAGUGACGCCGGAUCUACUUUCUCAGAUGAUAAUAUUUAUGAGGUUGCAGAGGAUCUGAGAACUGAUACACGCGUUCUAUCUAGCCUUGAUCCUCUUAUAAAGUAUCCCAUAUUUGAUCUUCAAGGAGGCAAUACCGUUAAAGAUAAUAUUCAUUCCACUUGGAGUCCAGAGAAGUUCUAUGUCAACAAAAUUAUCAACCAAUUCCCUCUUAUAGAUCGUUCCCUUGCUUCACGUCUUGGAAACACUAAUUAUGAGCGUUAUCUGCGAUGCCAGGCAAACAGAGAUGCUAUUCAGAAUGAAGAAGGCGCGACUUCGACUCUGCAGGAAGCGCCGGAAUUUACCGACACAAUCAUCACGGGUUCCAAAUUUCAUGACUCUGGUGUUGGCACAUCCAUAGUACCAACAAUCAUCCACCCAGAAACAAUAUUGAGCCACAGCCGCAAAGACCAACCUGUUCGCAUACCACAACUUCCCAAGGGCGCCAAAGAUGGCAUGCCUUUCUCUUGCAUUGCGUGUAAUCGCACUGUUGUCAUUACUAACAACUCCGAUUGGAAACAUCAUAUCUAUCUUGACUUUCAACCAUACACGUGUCUGGAUGUAUCAUGUUCGUAUAGUGGUACGGCAUUUGAAAGUCGUGAGAAAUGGAUCUCUCAUCUGGCACUAGACCAUGAGAUGGAGCCUAAGUGGGAUUCAAUUGAGUGCCCCCUUUGCAAGCACGUAACCGGUAGCGGAAAAUUGGCUGUGACUAGACACUUCUCCAAGCACCUUGAAGAGAUUUCCCUCUCAGCGCUACCAAUCGUGGCCAACUCAAAUGCGACCUCUGAGAAUGGUUCUGAGGUAUAUGAUUCAGACGACGGCGGAAAUUCUCAUAAAACGUUACAUCCAAACGAGAAAGACAAGGGUAAAUCGACGGCUAUCGCUGACAAUGCUCCAAUAAACGAGAAUAGUCCGUGCACCACUCUUUAUGUUUACAACCUUCCAAUAGACGUGUCUAUGGAAGAGCUCAAAGCUAUAUUCUCUAAGCAGCAAGGCUACAAGAAGAUAGUAUUUAGGGCCACGCAGACUAUACCCCUAUACUUUAUCGAAUUUGACGACUCGUCCUCUGCUAUGAAGGCACUUCUUGGUUUACAUGGGAAGGCUCAGUCCUUUCACAAAACUGUCAAAGGUGUUAUCCGCCUGAGCUUUGCUAGCAACUUCCGAGGCCAACUUAGCGAACUCGGAAUCGGAGGUGGCCAGGCAGAUUCUUGGCCAAUGUCUCCUUACUCUGGAGAACGGCCUCUUCCUCCAGGAUGGAAUAUUUUCUACCAGGAGAAACCUCAUGUGAUCUACUACUACAACUCGGAGACCAAUGUAACCCAUUGGAGGGAACCCCUUUUCAACCCCCUCUACAAUCCCCCUCCUGACAAGCCACCUAUCCCCCAGGGAUGGAUGCCUCUCUUUGACCAUGGCUGUCAGCGAUGGUACUACCUCGAUCAAGAAUCUGGGCGAUCUCAGUGGGAGGCCCCUCUUACUAACCCCGUCUACAUCCACCCUCCUAACAUGCCGCCUAUACCCCCAGGAUGGAUUCCUCUCUUUGACCACAGAUACCAUCGAUGGUAUUACGCCUACAAAGAGACUGGAAAAACUCAGUGGGAGGCCCCUGGUGUUAGCUUCAGAGAGACUGCUGAGCAAGCGGCGCAAGAAGCUAAACAACAGGAUGCUCUUGAAGCAGAAGGAAGAGCCGCUGCUAUGCCCAAGAAGGAAAAAGAAGAAACGGCCGUUUCAGUGGCAAUGAAGGAAAAAGGAGAUGAACUUCCGAGGGAAGAACAUGCUACCCUUCAAGCCAGCGCCGUAAAGACAGAGAGAGAACGAUCAGCACACGAAGAAGAACUAGCAGCACGGGAAGAAGCACGAGUAGCACGGGAAGAAGCACGAGUAAUACGGGAAGAAGUACGAGCACUACAGGAAGAAGCACGAGCACUGCGAGAAGGAAUACGAGCAGCCCAAGAAGUAAAACAAAAUAUUCGAGACGAGGACCAAACCACCCAGGAAGCAAAGGAGCAAGCUGCUCGCGAGGCAGAGAAGCAAGUCACUGCUCUUGACCCUAAAGAAACAAACUAG